AGGAACACGGCUGCCGGAAAGGAAGUGGUGGUUUUUCCCACAGAAAACUACAGAAAGUAAAAAAGCUCCAACAAAAGAGGAACAUGUUUCACUGCCAGAAGAAAGUUUGCAUAUGACGGUGAUGUCAGGAUCGAAACUCAUUCACUCUGACAGCUUCUUUAUGUGUGACUGUCACUCAGCCGGAUUGUAGCUAGUGUAAUAUCAUGUAAUAUAGCUCAUUUAGCAAUGUGAUUAUUAUUGUUUUGUCACUUUUACUCGUUUUUCCCACGCAAUGCCGCAGCAAUGCUCAACUCUCAGCUGUUCUGAAGGACUGACUUAAAUGCAAACUUGUCAGCUGGAAAAGCGUUUUUUUUAAGACCAUGGUUAACCAAGAGGAGUUGGAAGAAAGGUUGAAGAAACUUGUGGUGAGGCUGAAAAUCCCGCAAGAACACAGACAAGUGUGCACGCUGAUUCAGAUCAUCCAGGAUCUGCUAUUCCUGGCGCACACCGACAAUGCAUCUGAACUGUUUGAAGGUAAACACGUCCAUGCCCCCCUCAUCCUGGUGCUGUCAUCCUACAGCAGCAGCAAGGGAGUCCAGCAGGUGGGCUGGUCAAUGCUGUGUCAGCUAAUUGAAAUCUGCCCCGACACUCUGAAGCAGCUGACCAUACCUCUGCAGGACGCCAAGGAAUGGGAGGUACUGGGAGUGCACCAGCAGAUCCUGAAGGUUUUCUCUCAGUACGGCUCAGACAGCAGAGUGACCAUGGUGGGACUCAGGGCGCUGGCUCUCCUGCUCAGAUCAGACAUGAUUCUUCGGCUGGUGCUGGAGGAGGAGGAGGAGGAGGAUGUGUUUGGCCUGGUGGUGCAGGCGUUGAAGAUGUUCCCCAGCCAUGAAGAGGUGCAGCUCCAGGGCUGUGCAGCUCUGCAGCUACUGCUGGAUGGAGUGAGUGAUGAGCACCUGGUGGAGUUUGUGGAGAACCAGGACCAUGUUGUGGUUCUGGUGGCUCUGCAGAGGUUCUCCGACAGCCCCGACCUGCUGCUGCAGGCCAUGAAGGUGCUGCUGCCUCUGGCUCGCAUCGGCAGUAACGUGGAGAUGUUGAUGUCGGGGGGCGCUCGCUGCUACAGUAUGAUCAUCGCAGCCAUGGACGCCUUCCCCGAGGACCAGAAGCUGCAGGAGACGGCCUGCUGCCUGUUCAAGAGGUUUACAUCAGAGAGUUACUUCAACAUCCUGGUUCUGAAUGGUGUGCAGAGGAUCGUAGUGAGAGCCUGCCUGAGUUUCCCCGACAACGCCAAGCUGCAGGCCGCCGCUCUGUCCUGCCUGGCUGAUCUGACUGCGACCAUCGUGCAGAACAAAGCGGUGGCAGAGCAGGGUCUGGAAGAGGGGGAGGCUGAGGAGAACAGAGGUCGGGAGGAGGUGGAUGACAUGGGUCUGGGCUGGAUGGAGGCCUGCUGCAUGGCGCUGGAGCUCCACGCCGCCGAUCCAGACGUUCAGGAGGCUGCAAGCUGGGCCAUCCAUAAUCUGCUUCUGCACGGAGUGAAGCAUACAGAGGAGGAGCAGGACGAGAGGACUCCUGUUCACAGGCAGUUGAUGGUGGCCAUGCUGCUCCACUCCUCCUCUCCCAGAGUGUUUCAAGCUGCUACCAGUGCCAUUUCAACACUCCUCACACACAACAGUCAAAUGCGCUCCCUGCUGCUGUCCAGUGGCCUUCAUGUCAACUUAGUGGAGAUGAUGAAGAGACACUCAAACUCCCCUGAAGUGUCCAUCAGUGCCUGUAAACUGCUCAAGCUGCUCUUCCAGGGAAGGACGGCCAGUCUGGAUGAGUUGACAAUGGCCAUGAGUCAGAUCCUGAGCAGCAUGAAGAUCCACAACUUCCAGCCGGAGGUUCAGCUAGAGGCUCUGCAGGCCAGCCUCGUCUUCCUCUGCCCAGACCGCAGUUUAAGGGAGCACGGCGUCUCUGUCACAGACCCAGACAUGGCGGACGUUUCACUGAAGGUCCUGAAAAACCAGUGCGUGGUGGAAGGAGCUCACACACUCUACCUGGAGGUUCUCAACAGGUUCAUCAGCAGCGUGCUCAUCCAGAGGAGUGGUCUGAAGGUGCUCUCCGCCCUGGCUGACUGCUCUGGUGCAGUGGACCUGCUCUGCCAGCAGGGGGCGAUAGACACGGUGCUGCACACACUGCAGAUGUUCCCACAGGACAGAGAGAUACACUUCUGGGGUCUCACGCUGCUCAGCUUCCUCGUGUCCAAGAAGAAGCUGUCGAGGAUGAUCGUUCCAGUUCUGGCCUCCGUCGUGGUUGCCUCCCUCCUCCAGUACAGAGACGACUCCGAGAUGCACCUGAAGUGUAUCCAGGUGGCGUUGAGGAUGCUGGACGCCUGUUCCGGAGCAGCUGCUGAGCUGCAGAGAGAAGACUUUGACCGGCAGAUCUUCCAACACCUCAGAGAGGAACUUCUCGACCACUGCAACACUGCUCUGCGUAAGGCGGUGUGCCUGGCUCUGUCUAAGAUGUGGUGUGACUCCCAGCUGCACUACAGCAUGCUGGAGAAGGCCUGCGAGGACGGGGACGCCACAUUGGCCGAGUGUCUGAUCGAGCUGGGAGCAGACGUCAACAGGAAGACCAAAGCAGAGUCGCUCAUCUACAAGGUGUGUGAGCGCGGCGGGCCUCUGGAGCUGGUGGAGCUGCUGCUCAGCCACGGGGCCCACGAGCAGCACCUGCGCAGGGCCCUGACUGUGAGCGUGAAGCGGGGUGAGAGUCCCACUGUCAUCCAGCUGCUGGGCCGCCUAGGUCUGGACCUGAACAACAGCGCCCUCUGCCUGGGGGGCUUCAGGCUGGGCCGCCUGGACGCCGCCUGGCUCAGCCCGCUGCUGGCUGAGAGAGGCAGGACACACAGCCUCCGUUACAACACUAAAGGUAUGAAUCUGGCGAGGUACAUAAAGAAUUUCCAGAGGUCCAAGAGUAUCAGCGGUCCUCUCAGAUCUCUGGGCGACCCCUGCCUGACCUCCGGAUACAUUUCUGAUGAGAGCGACGACUCCAACCUCAGCUUCUUCUCCACGGACGACAGCCUGUUCCUCAACGACGACUUGGAGAGUGAUGGAAGUGAUUCCCUGUCAGGUGUUUUGUCUCCAAAGCCGCUCAAUAACUCCACAGAAGAGUUGAGGGGGGGGUCCUUCAAAAGAAAGCAGGGGCGCCGCCGACACGCCAGCGCAGAGAGCGGUCCGACUGAGAAUGACAGUGAACAUGGGCACAGGAGAUUUGGAAGGACCGGCUCCGGCCACAAAGUGUUAGGAGGCGAGGGCUCUGCUGCUCCGUUCAAAGAGCGGGAGAGGAUCCGGCUGCUGGACCUGUCGGGGAACGAGCUGGCGUCUCUGUCCUGCCUGAUGGACGACGACUUCGUGCAGCAGCAGGUCGGACAUCUCCUCCGCCUCGACCUCAGCCACAACAGCCUUCUGGAGUUCCCCUCGGCUCUGUGCCAGAGUUUGAGGAGUCUGACUCGGCUGGACCUGCAGGGCAACCAGCUGCAGGCUCUGCCAGUGGAGCUGCUGUCUCUGCUCUCGCUGAGCACGCUCAACGUCUCCCGCAACUGUGUGGGUCCGCUGCUGACCUUUGACCCCGCCGUCAGCUGUCCGUCACUGCGGCAGCUCAAUCUCUCCUUCAACAAAAUCAACACGUUCCCUCAGGAGCUGGGCCGAGCCGUGGGGCGACUGGAGGAGCUGAUCAUGGAAGGAAACUCUAUCUCGGAGCUGUCUGUGCCUCUGUGUCUGCCGGAGAUCAAGCUGCUCGACGUGAGCAAGAACAGCGUGGAGAAUAUCUCUCCGGACUUCCUGACCGGCUGCCUCAAGCUGGAAACCUUCAGUGCCUCGAUAAACAGCAUCUGUUCCCUGUCUCACCUCCCAUCUAAGAUCACAACACUAAAACUCGCAAACAACAACUUCACCUCCAUUCCUGAGGCCAUCCUGAAUCUCCCAAACCUGCGGUCGGUGGACAUGCGGACCAACAACAUCGCGGCGCUGCCCGGCCCGGGGCUCUGGGAGUCCAGCAACCUGCGGGAGCUGAUGUUUAGUCAGAACUGCAUCAAAGUCCUGGAUCUGAGUGGGCCGCUGUACAAGUGGACCCGAUUGGAAAAACUCCACCUGAGUGACAACAAGCUCACUGAGAUCCCGCCACAGAUCGGCCUGCUGGAGGGUCUGACCUCUCUGGAUGUGAGUCGUAACACGAGCCUGCGCUCCUUCCCUGAUGAAAUGGGGAAGCUGAGCAGACUGUGGGACCUGCCGCUGGACGGCCUGCGCCUCCAGCUGGACCUCAAACUCAUCGGCAGCAAGACCAAGGACAUUGUCAGGUUCCUGCAGCAGCGGCUGAAGAAGGCAGUGCCGUACUACCGGAUGAAGCUGAUCGUGGUGGGGAACGCUGGCAGCGGGAAGACGACUCUGAUACAGCAGCUGAUGAAGCUGAAGCGCUCCGAGAUGAACUCCAAGAAAAGCGCUGUCGGCAUCGACGUGCGGGACUGGGCCAUCAGGGAGCGGGACCGGAAGAAAAUGCUGCUGAACGUCUGGGACUUCUCAGGUGGGGAGGAGUUCAGCGGCUCUCACCCUCACUUCCUCACCUCCAGAGCUCUCUACCUGGUGGUUUACAACCUGAGCAAAGGAGCCGGUCAGGUGGACGCCCUCAAGCCCUGGCUCUUCAACAUCAAGGCCGUAGCCCCCCUGUCCCCGGUGAUCCUGGUGGGAACACACACUGAUGUGAGUGACGAUCUGCAGCUGCAGUCCUGCCUCACCAAGAUCAAAGAGGAGCUGCUCAGCCACCAGGGCUUCCCUGCCAUCAGGGACUACCACAUGGUCUCCGUCUGCGAGGACUCGGACUCCAUCGGCAAGCUGCGCAAAGCCAUCGCCAGAGAAGUCAGCGGCUUCAAGAUCCAGGGUCAGCCCGUGAUGGGCCAGCUGGUUCCAGACAGCUAUGUGGAGCUGGAGCGCCGGGUUCUGCUGGAGAGAACCAGGGUUCCUGCAGAGUUUCCCGUCCUCAGACACCAGGAGCUGCUGCAGCUCAUCCAGGAGAGUCAGCUGCCGCUGGAGGAGGCCGAGCUGCCCCACGCUGUGCACUUCCUCAGUGAGGCUGGGGUGUUACUGCACUUUGAUGAUCCGGCGCUCCAGCUCCAAGAGCUCUACUUCAUCGACCCACAGUGGCUGUGCAACAUCAUCUCUCAGAAACUGACGUCAAAGAGCUGUGGCUUCUGGGAGCAUCCUAAAGGAGUGGUCCAGCGCUCAGUGGUGGAGAAGUUCCUCUUUGAGAACAAAUGUUUCCCCAAGCGUCACCUGACGCAGUUUUUCAAACUGCUGGAGAAGUUUCUGAUCGCUCUGCCCUUCGGAGAGGACCAGCUGCUCAUACCCAGCAGUUUGUCCAAACACCGGCCGGUGAUCGAGCUGCCUCACUGCGAGAACUCAGAGGUGAUUGUGCGUCUGUACGAGAUGCCGUACUUCCCCAUGGACUUCUGGGCUCGUCAGAUCAGCCGCCUGCUGGAGGUCUCCUCUUUCCUGCUUUGUGGAAGAGGUAAAGUGGCGCGACCCAACCGGAUCUACUGGAGGAGAGGCGUGUACCUGAGCUGGUCCCCGGAGGCUUACUGUCUGGUGGAGGCAGCUUCUCUGGAGGAGAACCCAUCCAGCUUCGUCAGGAUCACUGUGCCCUCCUCACGAAAAGGCCGGGUGCUGCUGGGUCAGGUUGUGGAUCACGUGGACUCCCUGCUGGAGGAGUGGUUCCCCGGCCUGCUGAACACGGACAUGCACGGCAGCGGAGAGGCUCUGCUGAAGAAGUGGGCGCUCUACAGCUUCCAGGACGGCCAGGAGAGGAGCAGGAUCCUGCUGGAGGAGCUCUUCACCAAAUGUGAAAAUGAUUGUCUGCUGGUGAACCCGGAGGACCCCAGCUUCAAAAUCCCCAUCUCUCAGAUCGCCCCGGACCUGGUGCUGAGCGACCAGCCUGCAGGGAGCAUGCUGGACAGUGAAGAGCUGGAGGUGGACAUGGCGAAAGAAAACCGACUCGGGGACGGUGGCUUCGGGACUGUCUAUCGAGGCGUCUACAAAAAUGAAGAAGUCGCUGUGAAGAUAUUCAACAAGCACGCCUCUGAGUUCUACAUCUACAGACUCCUCAGACAGGAGUUGGCGGUGCUGGGGCGCCUCCAUCACCCCAGCCUGGUGGGUCUGCUGGCGGCCAGCUCCUCCCCUCAGGUCCUGGUGAUGGAGCUGGCUCUGAGGGGCUCUCUGGACUCCCUCUUCGAACACGAGAACGGCAGCCUGAACAGGAAGCUGCAGCACAGGAUCGCCCUGCAGGUGGCCGACGGACUCAGGUACCUCCACUCAGCCAUGAUCAUCUACCGGGAUCUCAAGCCACACAACGUCCUGCUGUUCAACCUGAAGACCGACUCCGAGAUCAUCGCCAAGAUCACCGACUACGGCAUCGCUCAGUACUGCUGCGCCAUGGGAGUGAGGAGCUCCGAGGGCACGCCAGGCUUCAGAGCUCCAGAGAUUGCCCGAGGUAACGUGAUCUACAACCAGCAGGCGGACUUGUUCUCGUUCGGCCUGCUGCUCUACGACCUGCUGACCUGUGGGGAGCGCAUCUCCGACGGCAUGAAGUUCCCCAGCGAGUUCGAUGAGGUCGCCGUGCAGGGGAAACUGCCAGAUCCAGUGAAACACUACGGCUGCUCCCCUUGGCCCGGCUUCCAGGAGCUGAUGAAGGACUGUCUAAGAGAAAGCCCUCAGGCUCGACCCACUUCUGCUCAGGUGUUUGAUCGGCUGAACUCGGGCCAGAUGUUGUGCUUGAUGAGGGAGCUGGUGGUUCCCCGGGCAUUCAACACUGAGUGCUUCACAGUGAGCUCAGGCGGCGGGGACGGCCCCUCCAACAGCCACACAGCCUGGGUGGCGGGGGGCAGCAGCACCCAGAGGAGAGGCUUCAUCACAGCUGUGGACCUGGACACCAACGCAGUCUCCACCCAGGAGAUCGACACCAGUCCCGUCUUGUGUCUCGUCACGGUCCAAAUCCCAACAGAGGCCAGUGAUUGGCUGGUGGCCGGCACCCAAUCAGGCUACUUAGUGUGUAUCAGCACGGAGGACCCGUCAAAGUGUCACCCCCUGCAGAGUGUCACUGACGCCGUCACCUCUCUCUACUUCCACGUGCACCCUCGUCGAGCCCAAAGAAAGAAUUACCUGCUGGUUGGGUCCGCUAAUGGAGUCCUUACCAUCUAUGAGGACUCUGUACUAAAGCAGGGGAACGGGCAGCCGGUGAAAACCAUCACUGUGGGCAGCGUCAACACGCCGCUCAUGUGUCUGGGUCAGUCGGUGUACUCUCUGGACAGCAGGUGCGUGUGGGCCGCCUGCGGGACCAAGAUCCUCUCCUUCACCGCCGACUACGACGUCUGCAGGAGCUUCGACACCAGGCCGAACCUCGUCUUCCAGCAGCAGCGGUCGUUGUCCGGGGAAGCGUGUGUGUCUCGGAUGGCUGUGGAUAAAUAUGUUUACCUGAGCAAAGGGACGCCUGUGGUGGAGGUUUGGGACAAACAGAGCGAGAGGAUGGUGAACUCCAUCGACUGCGCUCAGAUCAUCAGACAUGACAGGAAGAGCAGCGAGGUGGAGCUGGCCCCUGAGGCGGCCCCCUCCUGGGCCCGGGUGAAGGCCCUGCUGGUGCAGAGCGCUGCGACCCUGUGGAUCGGCACCAGGGGGGGUCACCUGCUGCUGCUGGAGCUCUGCAAACACCAGCCGCUGCAGGUCAUCGGGCCCUGCUGCUCCUCCACCCGCUGCAUCAGCUCUGCACUCAUAGAAACACUAAACUGGAAGAACGUAGUGCUGGUUCUGGGCAGGAGACUCCCACAGGACGCAAAUCAGUUUGACGAGGAGUCGGUGCUGAUGGUGUGGAACAGCACGCUGCCGAUGGAGGUCAAAGACCUGAACAAACACUGCGAGAAACGAGAGCAGAUAGCCGCCAAAAUGAGAGAGCAGCUGCACGGUGACUGAGCCCACACGCUGGAUAUUGCUGGAAAAGGGAUCCUUUCUGCAGUGGAUCGUUGUGAUGAUUCUUUUUUUUUUACCUCAUUGUCUGACAGCCAUACUGACGAUCAAGCGCACUGACCAAGAGCUAAUGAAGGAGGGCACAGUGCAAUCAAUCACUCCAAACGAAAAAGUGAUUCAAGUAAUCAAUACGUGUGGUUUUUGAAGUUGCACUUAUGGAAUCAUUUGCCGUGUUUCACCAGACGAGGACCGUCUUUGUCAUUUGUAAAGAGCGGUUUUCUAAAAGGGACACAGAUGGUGUGGUGUUCAGGAAGACCUCCUGCUCCUGAGAAGAGACGUUUGUUUACCUGUUGUAUGAUUUUAAAAGAAACCGGAAAGAACGCCAAAGAAAAAAGCCAUUUUAAAAAGUGUAUAUUUGGUUAUUUAUUCCGCAUGUAUGUGUUUACCACUUCUCAUAUGCUGCCGGCUUUGUACAAAGUUUUUAAGUCACUUCACUUUUAUUUUGUGAUGUCAACCAUAAGUAAACGCUAUUUUAUCUACUGUGAUUGUGCUGUCUUUGAUUUCACAGCAUUAUUUAAAAUGAGUUUGUGUAAAAAAUGUUAUUCCUUUUUUUAUAAAAGUAAAAAUACUUCAAUUUU